AUGAAAGGUUCACACCCUAAAAAGUCCGAUAACGUUAUACUACCUUCAAGAAAGCGAGCACUGUCUGCUACCUCUAAACCAAUAGAAUCCGUGUUCUCACAGCAAGAGACAGAUUUCAAUCGAUCUGAAAAAACCGACUCUACUAAAUAUACUUCCAAUCAAAAAAUGACUCUGAAUUUUGAUCAGAAAAAGUUGCACAGAAGUCCUUCUUUUGAACAAAGAAGCCUGGAUCGAGAAAGAAUUGGGCACGCAGGAAAAAGUUUUGUGUAUUUGAUGAAUGAAGAGGGGGGAAAAGAGUCUGUCGCGUCACUGCUAGCGAAUGUUAAAGAUGAAGAUGCAUUAUUGCUGGCUCAAAAACAAGCUAAUCAAAAAUCGCGAGCGCAUAGUCCUGUCAAUUUCGAACCGAUCAAAAAAGAGUCGCAUGAUGAUGGACAACGUACUUCAAAUUUUGCUCCCUCGGACCGUACUCUUUCCGCGUCACGUGCUUGCAAACAAUAUUUUGAGAAUAAAUAUCGAAUUAUUUCAGAAAUGCUAAAGGAGAAUAUCAAUUAUAAUCCUUUACAGAUAAUUAGAAGUCGUCAAGAGGAAAACGCUAAAGACACAUUCGAGGCUGAGCUCGAGGGUAAUCAGCCAGUUCGUCUUAAAAACGCUGGUAGUAUCUCAUCAGCACACCGUCGAAAAAACGUUUGGGAUGUCACCAACGAAGAAUUGUUAACUUACAACAGUACUGUUGGAAACAUAAAGCCAGAGAUUAUUGUAAAUAUAAAUAAGACGACAAUCGAAGAAAACUUGCCGGAGCAUUUCAACACAAAAAUAUUUGAAUAUCGAGAGACAUCUUCAAGUGUGGAAUCACUUCCCAUUAUGAGAAUCGAAUCAAGUCCCGCAUCUCUUACUAGAAAUGCUCAGAAUCGUCGUCUUUCCCAUCCAUCUAUGAAUAACUUGUUUAGUAAAGAGUUGCAUACCAUUUACCAAGUAACCAAUAACAUAAAUGAUAGUAGUAAGGGUGAUUCUGUCUAUUAUUCGGACGAAAUACAUUCCAAAAAAAGUUCUCGGGAUCAAAAACACAAUCGUUCUUUUAGCUUGAAUGGUGUUGAAAAAGAUGGAUCACACCACAGAAAGGCAAUAAGAUGGUCAGCACUUUUUAGACGAAAACAUAAAAAUCAUAAACGUACUUCAGAAGUAAGCAUGCAUGAGGAGGCAAUAAAUAAAGACAAAGAAAAUGAUAAAAUUAUGCAAGAGAAUCCAAACUCUGAGAAAAGAAAUUCAAUCUAUUCAAUUACUUCGUCAGAAUCAUCAAGCUUAUCAGAGUCAUCAGAUAAUGUGAUAUGUUCGCUGGCACAACCAGAUACUUCGGUUGAUAAACCACCAACACCGUUAGUUAUUCCCGACGUUGAUCCAGGCGCUUUAUCAGACGAAGGAAAUCGCAGCAUAAGAAGUAUGAUGGCUUCAAGUGACAUCGGAGAAAUUGAUAAAGAACUGUACCCGGAAAAUGCUGAUUUUGACAUGACAAAAGAUUUGCAUGGUGACGGUCAAAAUAUAAAAGAUGAUGAUCAGGACUCCUACGCAAGUUCUAGUGAAUCAUCUUCUAUUGUAGAUGUCAAUUUAUCUAAGGAAUAUAAAAGUCAUCAAGUAGAGCUAGAAAAAAUGGUCGAUCGAUAUAAUACAUGCAUUCAAGAGACCACUGCGUUUAUAGAAUCAAAUCAAGCAAAUUUGGUCAAUAAAUAUCAAGCUAUAAAUUCCGAUUUAUUUUUUUGCCAUGAAAUAGAAGAUAUGCCCUUUGUUCAAUCACCCAGACCAAUCAGUGAAAAAUCGAAUCAAGAUAGUUACAAAAAUAAUGAAUUACCUUCAGUCAAAAUUGAAGUGAAGAUUGAAAAUAUGCUUAAAAUGCUUGAAACAGAUUUGCAAGAGUUUAAAGAUAAGGCGAAGAGUUUAGAUGAACAACAUGCAAGGUAUGAAGAAUGGUCUGUUUAUGCUGGAUUUUUACAAACUUAUAAACUAAUUGCUUUUGUAUGGAUUGAUAGUUUAUCAAAAGACAUGGAUUCAACAUUGGGAGAAAUUGGAAAUAUAGCUUUAGUAGUGAACAAUAAUUACUCUCAUGAGCUCAAGUUAUUGGAGGAUGAAAUUCAAUUGUUAACACAACAGGACAAAUCUUUAUGGCUUGAUAUUUUCUAUUCAUUGCUAUCAUACGUGCUUGCAGACGUCACCAGCGAGACUGAUUCUUCUUCAUUAAUUUUAAAGGAUUCUUUGUUGAACAAUAAAAUACGCGAAAAGCUAGAAGGAUUAAUAUCGAGACAUUCUGUGUUACUGAAAGAAUUUGAGAAUGAUGGAAAAGAUUCGACCAUCAAAGAUCCAGAAACAUUUGCCUCGCUAUCAAAAGAACUUUCUAAUAUUGGAGAUAUCAUUGAGCCAUAUAAAGAGCUGAAAACUGCACAAAAUGAAUUCCAUGAAAUCUCACAAAUGAUAUCUGAUUCUAAAAACGACCAGGAUUUAAAGGCUAUGGCGCAGGAAGAGUACAAACGAACGAAAGAUCGAAUUCGUGAAUUAGAACGAACUAUCGUCACCGAAUUACUUCCUAAAGAUAGUGCAGAUGAGGGAAGCGCGAUUCUCGAAAUUCGAGCUGGAGCUGGUGGUGACGAAGCAGCAAUUUUUGCGGGUGAAAUUUUACGAAUGUAUGAAAAAUAUGCUUUUUUACGGAAAUGGAAGUUUGAAAUUUUGAGUAUAUCCGAAGAUUCAAUAGGCGCAAUGAAAGAAGCAACAGCUUCAAUAACAGGUAUGGCAGUAUUCGGAAAUAUGAAAUAUGAAUCCGGCGUACAUCGUGUACAACGCGUUCCCGCCACAGAAAAUCAAGGUCGCGUGCACACAAGUACUAUCACGGUGGCAAUUCUUCCACAAGCAACAGAUGUUGAAGUGGAUAUAAAAGAUUCCGAUUUAAAAAUCGAUUAUUAUCGUGCCAGCGGUAAAGGUGGUCAACAUGUAAAUAAAACUGAGAGUGCUGCUCGAGUUACGCAUCUUCCCACUGGUUUAGUAGUUGCCAUUCAGGAUGAACGAUCUCAACCAAAGAGGAAUAAGUUACAUAAUGAAAGAACAGAUUCACGUCGACAGCAGAUCGGAACUGCUGAAAGGUCCGAAAAAAUACGUACUUAUAAUUUUCCACAGAAUCGGGUUACAGAACAUCGACUUAAUCUUACUCUAUAUGAGCUGGAGAAUGUGAUGAAUGGAGUCUCCUUGCAAACGAUUAUUGAUAGUUGUAAACUUCAUUUUCAAACUGAAGCACUUGCGAAUUUUUUGUGA